GAAUUAGGUACCAAACCAACCAACCCAUCCCAACUCACUCCCCUCUCUCUCUCUCUCUCUCUCUCUCUCUCUCUCUCACCAAACUUGUGUUAUGCUCUGCUAUAUUAUGAAGUGAAAUCAUGCAUACUUGCUAACAAAGCCAUCAUAGCCCAAUAUAACAAAUCCACUUGCCCCCUUCAUUUCUUUCAUGCCUCUAACCACCACCCUUCCCCUCCUUUUCUCUCUAUCACCUCCUCUCUCAUAACCCUGCACACACCCCACCCCCCCCUCUCUACUCCUCUCUCCAAUUUUCAUGAGGCCAUGAGAGACCGCAGAAUGGAUCGGUUUGUCGUCCUCCCUUUCUCCAUCGGUUGCGUCUCUCAGUCCAGCGUCUCCGUCGCCGACACCCACCCAAAGAAAUCUCAAGCUGAGCCAACCCCACCUCUACCAAGUGGUGGAGAAGAUCAUCAUGAGAAGCAAUAUGCUAGUGCAGGAGGGAAGCCAAGAAGCUCAUUUGGGCUCCUCUCAUUUCCAAAGCCAAGCAUAUCUGCAGGGUUUCAGAAGCUGAUGAAGAGCAUAAAGAGCUUGUCCCAGCUGUUUGUGGUGUAUGAAGAGGAGGAGGAGGAGGAGGAGAGAGACAUGGAGAUUGGGCUCCCAACAGAUGUGCAACAUGUGGCUCACAUAGGGUGGGAUGGGUUCAACACUAGCAUGAGCAACAGCAGCAGCAUGAAGAGCUGGAACAGCCUAUCCAUGAAGCAGUUUGAGAUGGCCAUGGUUGCACAAACUGGUGGUGUUGGUGGUGGUCCCCUUAGUUUUGGGCUUUGCCCACACACUAGUGUGGUGUAGCUGCUGCUUUUUGUUUUCUUUUUAUCUCUUUUUUGCUUCUUUGUUUGUUGCUUUUGCUCACUAGAUCUCUUUUGGUGAUUGGUGAGGAGGGGAUGCAUGCAUGUGAACUUGUAUAGCUUGUUUUCAUAUAAGUAACUCCUUUUUUUUUAACAUUA